CAGAGAGUUCACACUGGAGAGAAACCUUACCGCUGUGAUCUAUGUGGGGCAGCUUUCACACAACAGGGACAACUAAAAAUACAUCAACGCAUUCAUACUGGAGAGAAGCCGUACCGCUGUGACCAAUGUGGUGAAACUUUUUCUCGUGGUGACACCCUUAAAUGUCACCAGCGCAUUCACACUGGAGAGAAGCCGUACAGCUGUGAUCAAUGUGGGAAAACCUUUUCUCAUGGUGUUAACCUUAAAUCUCACCAGCGCAUUCACACUGGAGAGAAGCCAUACUGGUGUGAACAAUGUGGUAAGACUUUUUCUCGUGGUGAUACCCUUAAAUCUCACCAACGCAUUCACACUGGAGAGAAGCCGUACUGGUGUGAACAAUGUGGUAAAACUUUUUCUCGUGGUGGUAACCUUAAAUCUCACCAGCGCAUUCACACUGGAGAGAUGCCGUACUGGUGUGAACAAUGUGGCAAAGUGUUUUCUCAGAGUAGUAACCUUAAACACCAGCGCAUUCACAUGCAAUAAUUUCCAUGUGCAUGCUUGUUUGUUUUCCUUCUCUCUCUCUCUCUCUCUUUCUCUCUCUCUACCAAAGAGACUGGAUGACCACUCUCGGUUCCUUAGCGUAACAAUGAGUGAACCCUCUUUGUCAGGCGCAUGGUCUUUGUGUGGGGAGACGGGACUACUCCUGGCUGAGAGAGUUCGAGGAGGGUUUCCCGCAGCACUUUGCAGUUAAGGCGGCGUCAAAAAAAAAGUAUAUGAGCUACUUCCGCUGUGUUACCCGGCGUCCUGUUUUCUCCCUUUCAUUCCAAACCACACAGCUGACAACCUGCAGGUGGAGGAGGAGGAGACAGGCUCGGACAUAAACGCCACGGGCUGCUGUGGACUUGUCGGUCUUGCAAGCGCUUUCAGGAAAGUGCUGCAUGUGUCUGACAAUGCACAGAACAUUAACCGGUACAAGCCUGUCAGCGUGUCAUAGGCUCCCCGGCGGUGAACUGAGAGUCUGUUACCUGCUUGUUGGUCAAUGGUUAAUGAUCAGUUAACAUUUAAUUUCAGUGUUCUAUCUUUUGGCAAGUUGGCUACCAAAAAUGGCCACUUACUAGCUAAUUAAUUAGCCUGAGG